AUGUCACAAUUGAACCCAGUAACGAUUAAUAAAGAUUUUGGAGGAGCUAUAGGAGCUAGCACGUUGACUGUUUUCCUACCUCUCGUUGUACUGUUUUUGUACUUGGCUUGCAACGAUCAAUAUAUUGCAGAAGGAGUGAAGAUAGAUGCUUCCAAGGUUGCUGCUAUAUUCAAAGAACAGGUUUUGAAUGAUUGGAAGAAUGUGUUUUUUAACUCAGAAUGUUGGGUAUUUUACCUUUCUUGGUUUUUCACAUUGGUUGGAUUGGACAUAUUCAUUCCAGGGAAGGUAAUUUCUGGAGUUCAAUUGCGUGAUGGAACUAAAUUGAAAUACACUAUCAAUGGCUUCCAACUUGUUGGAUUUUUGCUUGUUGUUCUCAGCUCCAGAGUUUACCUAUACGGUUUUCAUUUACCAGAAUUGGAUUUUUUAUACGAUAACUUCCUUGGCAUGAUGGCUACCUCAUGGAUCUUUUCUAUUCUUCUCAGCUUCUUUGUUUACUUCAGCUCCUUUUUGAAUCUUUCAGGGAAUCAAAAAAAUGGUAAGGGUACUAAGGAGAGAAUACUAAGUGUUGGUGGUAACUCAGGGAAUUUUCUUUUUGACUGGUUUAUUGGUAGAGAAUUGAACCCUAGAAUCGGGGAAUGGGACAUUAAAUUGUUUUGUGAAUUGAGACCGGGAUUAUUACUUUGGUCUCUUCUCAAUUUGGCGUCUUUACAAAGGCAGUACCAAAGACUUGGUUAUGUCACAAAUUCAAUGGUUUUAGUGAAUGUUUUGCAGUUCAUUUAUGUGAUUGACGGCGUUUUGAACGAAGAGGGAUGCUUGACAAUGAUGGAUAUCACUACUGACGGCUUCGGAUUUAUGCUAGCUUUUGGUGAUUUGUGCUGGGUCCCAUUCUGUUAUUGUUUACAGAGUAGGUACUUAUCAUUGGUUGAAAUCAACCUCUCGAGCAUAGCCGUUUCGAUCGUUAUUGGUGUUAUGAUAACCGGAUUUUACAUUUUCAAAGCAUCAAAUAUACAGAAAAAUAAGUUUAGGCAAGGGAAAUUGCCACAUUUGAGAUCUAUACAAACUGAUAGAGGAACUAAGUUGUUGAUUGAGGGAUGGUGGGGUGUUUCACAACACAUUAACUAUUUUGGGGAUAUGCUCGUGGCCCUCAGUUGGUGUCUUCCAACUGGUUUCAAUACCAUAUUGACGUAUUUCUAUGUGAUUUAUUUUUCAGCAUUAUUACUCCACAGACAGACUAGAGACGAAGAGAAAUGCAAAAACAAAUACGGUAAAUAUUGGACUGAGUAUGAAAGACAUGUUCCAUAUAAGAUUAUACCCUAUGUUUACUGA